UGUAAAUUCAAGCUUGCUUCUACUCCACUUCCAUAAUUUAUAAGUAGGCAGCAGGCCGAUUAGAAUGUCGCUUUUGUUGUCAUCGACGACAGUCCUUGGGAAACGCAAAGCCAGUGGCACUAGAUAUGUUUUACACAUUUCUGCGAGUCCACAACCCGAGCCAUCGACUUCAACUGCGAAUCUUGCUGUCCGCGAUACCCCAGAGCCUUCCUCAAACAAAGCCCGUCAUCCUUGCACGUAUUCUGUAUGCACAAAGUCCUACUCCAAAGCUUGUAGGUUAGCAGAGCACAUAAGGUCCCAUACAGGACGUCCCUACGUCUGCACGACUUGUCAAAACACAUGCAAAAGCCAUCUUCCUGAGUCGUCUGGACCCUCCAGCACCUCCAUGUGCACGAGAAUACGCACAUGCACGGUAGAGGGGUGCGACGAGGUGUUUGCCAAGCACCAUCAGCUGCGAUCUCAUACCUGCCAAGCACACUCACCCCCAGGUACGAAAUCUUACAUGUGCACACACCCAGGGUGCACUAAAUCGUUCGAUACGAACCAGAAGCUUAAAGGUCACGUCAAGACUCAUGACGAUAAACGUUACACGUGUGCACACCCAAAUUGCCUACCUUCAUCCAACGCUGACCCGACAUAUUACCCGACAUGGACGUCCCUCCAGGCUCAUAUACGCGAGACCCACCCUCCAACGUGCAUGCAUCCCUCGUGCAACAGACGAACCUUCGCUUCCCAACACAAUCUACGCGUUCAUCAGAAACUACACGAACAACAAGAGCUAGAAGCCGUACUAGCAGACAUGAAGGCCCUCACGACGCACAACAAUGUGAUUCAUCUGGGCCACAGAAAUCAUGUUUGCCCACAUCAACAUUGCUCCAGUGCCUUUGGCUACAAAAAACUCCUCGAAAGGCAUCUAGCCAAGAUCCAUAGCACAAAGAGCGAUCAAUCUGUCACAGAUCUGUCUGAGUCAGACGGCGCCACAACUACCGACAGUGAUACUGACUGUUCCGACAACGAACCGGCAGACUCAGCUGCGCACUUGAGUAUCGAUCGCAUCACCGGACAUACUUACUCCCUCCGCACUCGCAUGCCAACGUCAAAAACCAUACGGUGUCCAUACCCAAACGUCGAGGACCUACUACUAUUGCCUCCGGAAACACCGUUUUCCGGCUCUUCAGUGCACUGCGAUCACAUCUUAACUCGCGCAUAUGAUCUUCGUCGACAUUUGAAGGCCGAACAUGGACUCGUUGGGGACAAGAGCAAGGUGGACUCUUGGGUAAGAUCGCAUAGAGGCAACGCUCAGAGAUCUUGAUAUCUGUCUGUUAUGGGAGAUGUCCUGUCCAGUGUUGUUCAGCUUUUCGAUGUUUCCAUUUCAUACCCUUCUUGAUGUGGGAAGCUGAUGUUUGUUUUCUCUCGAGUCUGGGGAAUGGAGGGUAGGGAUGGUGUAAAUGCACGCAAAUAUAGUGUUUGCGAUGCGUC